CAAAUCUACAUAGUCUGAUUGAUUUUAAACCUUCACUUUGUUUGAAGUGACCAUGGUUCAAAUUUCAAUAUGUCUAUCUUUUUCUGUAAAUAAAUAAAAAAUACAGAUAAUUGUGAAGGCAAAAAUGUCCUUCCUAAUUUCCCUCUAAUUGCAGGAAAUUUGAAAAGGGAGAUUAAGUUUCAAAUAAUUAAAUCAUCGAAAAUUGCACUCCCACCAGGCGGUUUCGAGAAAUGGUGAUAUUUUUAGAAAAUUUCGGAAAUGAGUGGUAUUUUUAGAAUUUUUUUUCCUUUUUUCAUGAUAUUUCUAGAAAAAUCUGAAAUCCUGACAGAGUUUCGAUUAAAGAUAAAAAAAACUGAUCUCCCUCUCUCUGCGUUUCUUUUUAGUUUGGGCUAAUACAACUACAACAUCCGAACUAUGACCAAAAUGCCACUCGUGUCUUAUUUUUUUCAAUAUUCAAUUUAUGUCUUGAACUAUUUUUUUGUUAGAUUUGAGUUGUUUUGACUGUUAGUUUUUAACAUAAAAUUUAGUCAGCAUUAAUGUGGCAGAUGACGUGGAUUUUUAAUUUAUUUUUAAUUUAAUAGAAUAAUUAAAAUAAAAAAAAUGAAAAUAAAAAAACUCGUGUCCCUUUUUCCCCCUCUCACCGGCGACUGCAUCUCUUGAGAUUUGGGGUUUUCGGCAGCAGCGCUGCAGAUGGGGCCGCUGGCCAUGAGUUCGGAUCCCCAAUUUCCAGGCAAUGAAGAAGAGCUUGGUCGACGAUAACGAAUUCAAAAAUCACUAGUCUCCUCCUGCCCCCGGUCCGUUUCAUUCUUCACCAGACACCCAUUUUCGAAUCAUCUCCCCGCAAUUUUAGUCUCUACACUCCCCUCUUCACUGUCGGUUCAAAGAGCUUGCAAGUCUCGCUGCUAGUUUAUGAGGGUUUUAUUUUGUACGUUUGUGUGGUUAAUCGGGUUAGCUAGGCAAGUGUUAUGGGCAUUUAUCCAAGAGACGACAAGCAGAGGGCGGGGCUUGUCUUCCUCCUCUGCAUUUGGCCUGGCUGCUUCUUCAAAGGGAGGCGCGCAGGGACGAUUUUUUCAUCAGGUGCCGACCACCAUCGCAAAUCGGAUUCCUCUCGCACAACCACCAUCGCACAGACCCUAGGUCCAUCUCCCGUCGCAGACUCCUAUUCCAAUUCCCUCUCAUCUCCUCCCUUAGAUCCAUCUGGCUUGCUCUGCAUCGACCGUGCGCAUCCUCCAGGUCGUCGCCAAUCUCAUCACAACCGUACCUCCUUAGAUCUGCUCAUCGAUCGUUGUCAUCGUCGCAGUCGUCUCCACCUUCGGCGUCAUCAGUCGUCGCCGCUGUGGCCGCCAACGUCAACGACACUUUCUACCGUCGAGAGAAAAGGAAGAGGGAGAAAGGUUGCAGAGAGAAGAUAUUAUUUUUAUAAAUAUUAAUUAUUUUUAAUUAAAAAUAUGAUGUGGCAUCAACGUGUCUGUCACGUCGGCCCUAAUCUGACGUCAUAUUCCAAACUAGGGAUGGCAAUGGGUCGGGUUGGGUCGGGUUUUGCCAAACCCAAACCCAAACCCAAACCCAUGGGUUUAUCCGUGAAAAAAACCCGGGGUAAAACCCACUGGGUUUGAAAAACUCAAACCCAACCCAACCCGCUGGGUAUCCGCGGGUUCAUGGGUACCCACGGGUUUUUGUCGUAAAAAAUUUACAAUAACAUGUUCCUAUCAAAAUUAAAAUCAAAUAUCAAUCUCUCAAUACAAAUUAUCCAUAUUUAAAACACUAUUCUAGAAAAUUCAAGCAAAUCACAAAUUAACUAUAUAAAUUGUUCAACGCAAUCUAGAAAACUCAAGAAAAUUGAAGUAAAUCA